GCGCAGCUUAUAGACGCACUGUUAAAAUUCCCCGUAUUAUGUCCUUCCUCUCGCCGCUUCACUCCAGUCCAGCGGGUGGCGCUAAAACACGUGUGUUUGUUUGCCAAACACCAUUAAACCUCAGAGGAAGAAGAUUAGUUUCACCGCGCUCUCUGCUGUUUUCUCGUGAUGUUGGUUUAAUACAAACGUGACUAAGUUUUGAAACAAGCAGGAAUAUCUGGAGGAGUAUCAGCUGAACUGAGAUCUGCUGCUGUGAAGAUGGUGUUUGUUAAAGAGGAGAGUGAGGAGGACAUCAGUGAACCAGAAACCUGGAGAAUAAAACAUGAGGAACCAGAAACCUGGAGAAUAAAACACGAGGAACCAGAAACCUGGAGAAUAAAACAGGAAGAACCAGAAGCCCCCAUUGAUCCCAAACCUACUUCUGGCACCACCAUCUGUAAAAAGUUGAUUCAAGAAAACGAGGAGAAUAAAGAAUCAAGUGAAAUUGAGAAAAAUCAUGUCAAAACUGAAGAAAAACCUUUGAAUUGCUCUCAAACCAAACAGACAGAUUUAAAGAAUAGAAGAGCCAAGAAAGCUUUCACCUGCACUCAGUGUGAAAAGAGUUUCACAUGCAAAAAAAGUCUUGAUGUUCACAUGAGAGUUCAUACUGGAGAGAAACCUUAUAAGUGUUCGCACUGCAACAAGAGAUUCAAUAAGUCAGGAGACCUGAAAACACAUGAAAGGAUUCACACUGAGAGAAACCUUAUAUGUGUUUACACUGUAACAAGAGAUUCAGUCAGUCAGUACAUCUGA